AUGUCGCAAGGAAAAGCAGCAAAAGAAAAGCAACACCAGGAUCCCUUGUUGACACCUGGACAUAUCAAACAAGUCGUUAAAGCUCUGCCUAGUAAAAUCAAGCAUCCCCAUGACCGUUACAAAUAUCAAGAUACAGAGCCAUUGAAACAGGAGAUUGACGAGUUUUUCAACUAUUCAGAAGCAGCAAUCGACUUACCAGACUAUAGACGAGAAUACAAUCGUUAUUUCGGAUCACCCUGGAAGACAACGAGUGAUGCCGACCGUAGAAGCGGUCUAGAAUUACUUAUAGAUCAGCUUGAAUACGUUCAGGCUAAUCGACGUAUCAGUGCAGCUAAGCAAUUAGUCUAUAUCUCCUUAGGAUGUCUAGGGGAUGGUGCGUGCGAUUGUGAUGACUAUCUAGGAACUAUACUUGCAAAUAAUCAACUCUUGUAUGAGUCUGGGGCUCUUCCUGCAUUCUAUCAGGCCCUUAGGCGAGCCUGUGCAAAACAUGAUGCUCUAAAUCAACAAAGCUCCGAUAUAGACCAAAUCAUAGAGAUUAGCAUCGAGAUCGAACUCUAUCUUUCGCUUCUUUACCUUUUGAUAGAAUCCCGCCGACAGGCAGAAGCAUCCUGGGAGGAGUUGGCAUCCCUUACUCCAAGCAUGAUAGAAUUCCUCUUUUCUGUUAUUGCUCAACUAAGAGAAAAAUAUGUAAAGUCAUUCCCUUACAAAAAGCUUAUACUUUUGUUAUGGAAAGUCAUGCUGGCUGCCUUUGGGGGAUUGGACAAGCCAAAAUCACUAAAAGAGGAUGUUAAGAAACUCAAUGGUUUUCAAUUUAUGGAUAAAGUAGACAUCGUCGCCAAAUGUACCCCACUUGACCUCUACAAUUUCCAGAACGAGAGUGUCCUUAAAUACCCGGCUUAUACCCCACCUAAAUUCCCUUUUCCCGUUUCCGAGACGCUCACUAUUAAAGCCACAUCAGCUUUGGCCAGUGCCAUGGGGAUAUCAUCUGCUACUGCAAAUACUGAUCUCCCAUACCAAGCCCUCUUCCCGCCAAAACAAGGUCAGCCAGCGACACAAUCAAUCACAAAGAAACAAUCGCAGAUAAACCCCUUUGCCCCUCCACAACAAAAUGCAUUUGCCCUUCCGUUAACCGAAUCACAGCCAUAUGUACCAAAGAGCAUAUCAGAAGCCGGAAAUCUAUUUGUUAAAAACAUGCACAUGUCACUUUCUACCUACCAAAUAAUACAUGAGCGUGAAAAAGCAAUCCAUAAGUGGCAGAAUGAGAGUAAAAAGCAAUUGGAGGAAAACGAUAAUAUUACCGAUGUAUCUGAAAAGAUCAAACGACUUAUGAAUAGUAUAGAGCACCUUUAUCACACUAUUAUGCCUGAAUUGCAAAAUAUCAUUAUUGUACUCCUGAAGCUUCUUUUGUCAACAGUAACCAACAAUUCUAAUGGUACUGGGAAUGCUGCCAAGCCAACACAUAACCCUAACUCAAUUGAAGCUCAAGAAGAAAUUGAUGCUACUCGCAAUCAUGUUCUCAAACAUGAGUAUCUAUCACAACUUCUUGUUGAUUCCGGUUGCCUGCUGCUUAUCCUUAAAAUACUUGGAUUGCAAGAAAUUACGGCCCUCGUCGCAGCACAGACGGAUCGAAGUGAUCAUGGUUUGUUUCAUCAUUUCUAUACAAAGAAAGAAGAAUCUUCUUCUACUGAAGAGAUACUUUACACAAACCAAAGGAACAUGUUUUGGUCUAUCAAUUUCCUCCGCAUCCUCCAAAUGCUGACUAAACGAAAAACCAACCGUGUGAUGCUACUUGUACAAUACAAGUCCUCGGUAAGAAUAUCAUGUCAAUCCGAUAAAACUCUCGCUUACUGCCACAAAAAGGCCAUUCUUAAACGUAUGUUGAAAGUAUCCCACCCUGUACUCGAACUCUAUACUUUAAAAGUGCUUAAAAGCCAAGUGCCUUACCUUGGAAGAAGAUGGAAAUCUCUCAACAUGAAGAUCAUUUCUGCUAUAUACCUCCAGUGUCAUACAGCACUUAGAGAUGACUGGAUAUCCAAGAUAGAUACCGACACUGAUCUUGAAGAUGGAAUGGCCCAGGAAAUCAAUUUGAGAAUAUUGAUUCGAAUGUAUAAUGGCCAGCACUACAUGCCAAGCAUGCUACCUCAGACAGACGAUACUGAUACUUUAUCAAUAUCUAUGCGCCAAUCGAUUCCAUUUAUUACUGAGGAUAUGAAAGACAAUAUUGAGCUUGAUCCUGAAUUCAUGGAAAAUUAUGAGAAAUGGCUGUAUGCUGAAGUAUAUGACAGUGAAGAUGACACUGAGGUUCCAGAGAUUAAGCAAUCGGAUGUCGACACACCUUUACCUUCGCCUAUUCUUAGUGCGCAAACAAUGCCUGAUACCCUUGCUAUGGAGAUCCAGAGGCUCUAUCUUGAAGAAUUGAAUCAGGAGUUUAAUGAAACUUCUGAGAUGUAUGAUCCUAUGAGACUUGGACCUCAACCUACAACAGAAGCAACAUUUGAUCAAGAAGUAUUGACACUACGUCUACAGCAAGUAGAAAAACGAACAGUAGAGCGAUGGACAAUACUUGAAUCCCAAUCUGAUGUUUGUAUAUAACGUUUUAUGGCCAAGAAAAGAGUUUUUAAGAAAAUGACACUAGUAUAAGCUAUUACUUAUUACUUUACUCAAUAAACCAUUAUAUCCCGAUU